GAGGGGAGCAAGCCAAAGCAGCCACUCAGAGGCACAGCCGGGAGUUCUCUCCCCCCCACCCCCCCAAAAAACCACUUUAGCUGUCACUCAAGCUUAAUGGGGUAUAAAACCUGCGCCGAGCCGCGACAGGCGAGCAGAGGCGAAAGUGCCACUGGAGGGGCGGCCCAGGGCGUGCAAGCAAAGCCCCCCCCGGUCAAUCGCUGCUUGGGCCAAGCGGGGGCCGAGCUCUGGCCGCUCAAAGCGGAGGAGGUCUGUCCGGGCUGCGGCGGGCUCGGCAGAAGGGGGCCCGGCGCGCCGCUGCCGGGCUGUGCGCUUGCACCGCGCUCCAGAGACUCUCUCCUUUCUCGCGCGCGCUCUUGGCGAGCCCGGCGAUUUCCUGCGUCCCAGAAUAGCCCCGACUCGUCUGUCUGCAAAGAACUUGCGGCUCCCAGACAGACGCCGCUCGCAUGACUCCGCUUGCAGCCGGGGGAGGCGACGGAGGCGGAAAAGCAGGAGCCAAAAGCCGGCGAGGGACAGGGCGCGGCGGCGUCAGGGGGCGCGUCUCGGGAAACCCGGCGGCGAUUUGGGGGGCUUUGGUUCCCUCUCCCCGCUCGAGGCGGGUUGCCUUUCUUUCUUUCCCCCUCCGGCCCGAUUCCUUUUGAGAUUCCAGAGGAAGAGCAAAGCCGGCUCACCUGGACUUUUUACCUGCCGGUGACGUCUUGGGCAGGAAGGCGAGGCCAGCGGUGCGCCUUUGGCGGCGGGCAGACUUUUACGCACCCUUUCCAGGGGCGAGGGAAGGACCGGCCGUCAGUUUUGGGAAAGGCACCCCCUCUCGCUUGGGGGGGCUGUUUGUGGAGGGGGUGUUGGCCCGGGAGAAGACGGAGUUCCGCGGAGAGGCGGGGCUGCCCGUGGCCAGAUCCCUUUUCGCCUUGGAGAAGGAUGGUUGGGAAAGGGCUGGGCGCUUGGCUCCUGCUGCCCCUCCAGCUGGUCUGCCUGGUGGCGAAGGCGCUCGUGGGCGCGCUGCUGCCCUCCAAGCUGCGGGACUUGUCCGGAGACAGCGUGCUCAUCACCGGCGGCGGCCGAGGCAUCGGGCGUUACCUGGCCAGGGAGUUUGCUAAGCGGGGGGCCCGGAAGGUCAUCCUAUGGGGUCGAACUGAGAAGUGCCUGAAAGAGACCACGGAGGAGAUCCGGGCAAUGGGCACAGAGUGCCACUACUUCAUCUGUGACGUGGGGAAUCGGGAAGAAGUCUAUCAGCAGGCCAAAGCUGUUCGUGAAAAGGUGGGGGAUAUCACCAUCCUAGUAAACAACGCAGCGGUUGUUCAUGGCAAGAGUCUGAUGGAGAGUGAUGACGACGCCCUCCUAAAAUCACAGCACAUCAACACGCUGGGACAAUUCUGGACCACAAAGGCCUUCCUGCCACGGAUGCUGGAACUCCAGAAGGGGCACAUCGUGUGUCUGAACUCUGUCUUGGCUUUAUCGGCCAUUCCGGGGGUCAUCGAUUAUUGCACUUCCAAAGCCUCUUCCUUCGCUUUUAUGGAGAGCUUGACCCUGGGUCUGCUGGACUGCCCUGGCGUGAACGCCACCACUGUCCUGCCCUUCCACACAAGCACUGAGAUGUUUCAGGGUAUGAGAAUCAGGUUCCCCAACCUUUUCCCCCCACUAAAGCCAGAGACGGUGGCCCGAAGGACAGUGGAAGCUGUGCGGCAGAACCAAGCCUUCCUUCUCUUGCCAUGGACAAUGCACAUCCUAAUCAUCUUGAAAAGCAUCCUCCCGCAAGCGGCGCUAGAAGAGAUCCACAAGUUCUCCGGGAGCUACACCUGCAUGAACACUUUCAAAGGGCGCACAUAGAUGUUGCAUCAUGCUCAGGCGCGAAGCCAGAAGAGGCUGUGACCCGAUACAAUGGCCAGCCGGCCGGCCCGGGCUGUCUGCCUGCUCUCGUUUGCCACGGCAACACCUUCCUGUGCUACGGCAAUGCGGCCUCUGCAAGGGAUGAAACGGCUUGCUGAGGACAAGGAAGCAAACAGUGGGGAGGGGGGGCGCUUGUGGCCAAAUCUUUAGAAACCGAUCGUUCCGUUUGUUCAUAGUUGGUUUUUUUUAAAAAAAGAGUUUCAGGGUCUAGCUGAAUCUUUCCAUGCCGGAUUCGUUCCAUCGUGCUUCCAGCUGCUUACCCUGAAUCGAAGGGUUCUCUCGCACUCUCUUUUUAAUUUGUAAAGCUUGUCGGAUGAUUCGCAAGAGCAUCGUUUGCUUUUCGCCACUGUGAUUGGAGACCACACCUUGGAGUCCGAGAAAGCGGCCCGUUCCUUUUGGCGCCUUUUGACACGCUACCGAAAGGGUACGGAACAUUCCUUUGUGAGGGACAGCCAUGGGGGCUUUCGACGAGGCUCAUGAGAACAAAGACAAACAGCUUGAGUGGCUUCUGUUGAAGGGGUUACUCAGACAGCUUCCUAGAAGAGGACAUGUUUUAUGCAUGAGGUGGAGAAAGUGGUGAGAGAGAAUGUUUUCUUGCUCUCUUGUAACAGGAGGGCUGGCAGAUACCCAGUGACACUGACGGGCGGUAGAAUCAGGACAGACUAAAGGAAGUCCUUCCUCAGUGCAAAAUGAGUUUACAGAGUUUACUGCUACCAGAUCCAGAACGUGGCUUGUAAGAGGAUUAGGAGGGGAAGUACAUCAAUUUGUCUGAAUUGGCCGUAAUAGCUAAAUGGAACUUCCAUAUUCAGAGGUAGCAUACUGCCAGACACCAGGGCUGGUGGGUAACAACAGGGAGAUUUCAGCUUCCAUUGCGCCCUUGCAGGCCUUCCAGUGAAAUUUGGUUGACCACUGUGUGAAAUGGAUUGCCGAAGGGAAUCGACUAUUGGUCUGAUCUGGCAACAGUAUAAGGCAUCAUCGCGUACAAUAUUGCGAUGUGGUUUUCAUUGUAAGCUGCCUCGAGCAGGACUCUGAAGAGACAGCAUAGAAAUAUCCUAAAUAAGUAAUUGUAUUCACCACAGAGAGAAGUUUAACGUUUUGCCUAAAGAACUCUGAAAUAUUCUCGUAUGGUUUUACUCAAAUUGCUCCUCUCUCUGGGGAAUGGAUUCCUAUAAUGUAAACCCUGCCAAUAAAAAUUAAGUCUAUUGAUGACGGCUAA